CACAACUCAUAAUUCACAAAAUGCGCAAUGUAAAAGUCACCAGUGGAGCGUACACCUCGCGCACAUCGCGUACAACUCAAACUACCGACGUUUCACCUCUCCGCAGCCCGUUCCACCCCGUUUCCACCAUGCGACACUAAAUCCUGAAGACAUCUUGGCGCGGCACUUGCCUCCACUCCCGACACGGACACACGGAGUCUUGUACUGUUCUGACCACUCAAACACCCGGCGUGCCUGAGAUUGGUGGAACAGAUGUCAUUCCAAGACUUUGGCAUGGGACCGAGCGCUGUCCUGAGUGAGAGCAGUAGGGGGACCCCAGGCAGCCUAUAGUAUUUAUACCACGACCACGCAGCACUACUAACCGCAGCGCACACCCGGACAAUGCUCAAAGCCUCGCUUCUGUCGUUCGUGGCCUUCACGGCCCAGGUCGCCAACGCGGCCUUUGGCAUCACCACCAGCUCCAGCGCCUAUGUCAUCGACACCAACGCGCCAAACCAGCUGAAGUUCACCGUCAGCCGCAGCAGCUGCGACAUCACCUCCAUCAUCCACUAUGGCACGGAGCUGCAGUACUCCAGCCAGGGCAGUCACAUUGGGUCGGGUCUGGGCUCUGCGACGGUGACCGCCACGCAGUCCGGGGACUAUAUCAAGGUGACCUGUGUGACGGACACCUUGACGCAGUACAUGGUGGUGCAUAAUGGGGACCCAAUCAUUCACAUGGCGACAUAUAUCACUGCCGAGCCGUCAAUCGGCGAGCUGCGGUUCAUCGCUCGACUGAAUUCGGUCGUGCUACCGAACGAGGAGCCGUUUGGCGACGUUUCCACCACCGCUGACGGGACUGCCAUUGAGGGAUCAGAUGUGUUUUUGGUCGGCAGUGAAACCCGCAGCAAGUUCUACUCGAGCGAGCGAUUUAUCGACGAUCAGCGACACUGCAUUGCCGGGGAUGCCCACCGCGUUUGCAUGAUCUUGAAUCAAUACGAAAGCUCCUCCGGAGGUCCUUUCCACCGGGAUAUCAACUCGAACAACGGAGGGAGCUACAACGCCCUCUACUGGUACAUGAACUCCGGCCACGUUCAAACCGAGUCCUACCGGAUGGGUCUCCACGGCCCAUACUCGAUGUACUUUAGUCGCAGCGGUACCCCCAGCACCAGCAUCGAUACCUCAUUCUUCGCCGACCUUGACAUCAAAGGCUAUGUUGCCGCCUCAGGCCGAGGCAAAGUGACCGGCACGGCAUCCGGAGCAGACUCGAGCAUGGAUUGGGUGGUUCACUGGUACAACGAUGCGGCACAGUACUGGACUUAUACCAGCUCCAGCGGCAGCUUCACCUCGCCCGCCAUGAAGCCCGGAACGUAUACCAUGGUCUACUACCAAGGCGAGUACGCGGUCGCCACGAGCUCGGUCACCGUGUCCGCCGGAUCAACCACAACGAAGAACAUUUCGGGGUCCGUGAAGACCGGCACUACCAUUUUCAAGAUUGGUGAAUGGGACGGACAACCGACCGGUUUCCGCAACGCAGCCAACCAGCUCCGCAUGCACCCCUCCGACUCGCGCAUGUCCUCCUGGGGUCCACUGACCUAUACGGUUGGCAGUUCCGCUCUGACUGACUUCCCAAUGGCCGUGUUCAAAAGCGUCAACAACCCGGUCACCAUCAAAUUCACCGCCACAUCCGCGCAGACCGGCGCAGCGACCCUGCGAAUCGGGACGACCUUGUCGUUUGCCGGUGGACGACCCCAGGCGACGAUCAACAGCUACACAGGAAGCGCACCAGCCGCGCCGACAAACCUGGACUCUCGGGGCGUGACCCGCGGUGCGUACCGGGGAUUGGGCGAGGUGUAUGAUGUGUCCAUCCCGUCGGGGACGAUCGUCGCGGGAACAAAUACGAUUACGAUCAACGUGAUCUCUGGCAGUUCAGGGGAUACGUAUUUGAGUCCGAACUUUAUCUUUGAUUGUGUGGAGUUGUUCCAGUAGCUGAUUGUUUCUCGGGCUGUAUGGUGCAGCCGGGAGUAGAUAGCUGUACUGGACAGUUCUAGUCGUAUGUGGAGGAAAGACCUAAGAUCAACUGAAUUCAUG